AUGGAGUCCACGCCCGGACAGCUUCGAGACGCGGGACGAGACGCCAGCUCAUCCCCGAGUUCAAAGCAGGACGCGCAAAGCUUCUCCAGCCCGAGCCCCCUCAGACCCAACCAGGUGAGCGAGACCUCCCUGUACGGGGUGCCCAUCGUAUGCCUGGUCAUAGACGGCAAGGAGCGACUGUGCCUGGCGCAGAUUUCUAACACCCUGCUGAAGAACUACAGCUACAACGAGAUCCACAACCGCCGGGUCGCUUUGGGCAUCACCUGUGUGCAGUGCACCCCCGUGCAGCUGGAGCUCCUGCGGCGUGCGGGGGCCAUGCCCAUAUCCUCCAGGCGGUGCGGGAUGAUCACCAAGCGGGAGGCCGAGAGACUCUGCAAGUCCUUCCUGGGGGCACACUCUCCCCCCAAGCUUCCAGAAAAUUUUGCAUUUGAUGUUACUCAUGAGUGCGCGUGGGGUUGCAGGGGCAGCUUCAUCCCCGCCAGAUACAACAGCUCCAGAGCGAAGUGCAUCAAAUGCAGUUUCUGCAACAUGUAUUUCUCCCCAAAUAAAUUCAUUUUCCACUCACACCGCACGACAGAGUCCAAGUACCUGCAGCCGGACGCGGCAAACUUCAACUCGUGGAGACGCCACCUGAAACUGACGGACAAAAAGUCAGAGGAAAUUAACCACGCGUGGGAGGAUGUAAAGGCCAUGUUCAAUGGAGGGAGCAGAAAGAGGACUCUGCCCAUGAACGGCUCGGGAAUGUCCUCUUCGAUGAAAUCUCAGGCCUCAUCCAGUCUGGCCCAACGCACUUCCCCUGAGAUCCCCCACAAAACUCUACGCUGUGACAGCGAUCAGGGGAGUAAUAACCUGAGUCUGACCAGCGGUGCGCGGACCUACCCAGUCAUCCCAGUGCCCAGCAAGAGCUUUGGCAUGCUUCAGAAAAUCCCCCCGCCUCUGUUUCCUCACCACCCCUAUGGCUUCCCGAGCUACAGUCUGUGUCAGAAGAAGAGCGACGGGGUUCCUGACGCCAGUAAAACCAACGUGUCUGGAGUGUUUUGGCCUGGCGCGAAGGACAGCCUCUACCCAGCGUUCCCCAUGUUCUGGCCUACAGCUGGAGGCCUUCCCAUGCCCCCGUACCCCGGAUCCCCACCGAAACCUCCUCCUGAGCUUCCAAGCGUCCGGCAAAGCGAGCUCGACUUAUCUGACCAAAGCGACCGUGGCGCACACACACCCAAAGAGUCCAAUCAUCACCCUCUCCUCCAGCAGGAAGCAGGAGAGCGCUGCCCCAGCUCCCAGUCCUCCUCCACCCGAAACGACGAAGACAAGUCUGGAGACGAGACCUCCCAGAGGAAAAUCAGCUACAUCUCGGCCUUCAGACCCGUGGUUAAAGACGCGGAGACCAUCGCCAAACUUUACGGCAACCGAGACAGCUACGGCGCGCGUCCUGCUGGCUACCUGUCCCCGGAUUUCAUCAGUGAGGGCUCCAGUUACAGAUCCAUCUCACCGGACAGAGACAGCGUGGUUGACGAAGAAGACGACGACCCAGACGUGGAUGUGGAGUCAAAUCGAGGGCAGGACGAGGACGAACCCAUCCAGAUCUCGCCGGGAGGAGAGCAUCGUGGCUCCCCUGUGCCGGACCGAGUCUCCUCUGGUGCUGAGGACAGUCAGGAGCGGUCUGAGGCAUCCAGCCCCGGAACAGCGGCGGUGGCAUCACCGGAGGACUCUGUGCGCACCGGGUCAUCGGAGGAAGAUCGGCGGAUGCGUAAUGGCUCUCCUCUUCAUGAGGUAAGAUCAGAUUAAAUGAAACUUUAAUGAUCCCCGCGGGGAGGGAGGCUGGAUUGUUGUAGAAGUGGAGAGAUUUAUGAGAGUUUGUCGAAGAGAGGAGGUCAAUAAGGUGUCAUCAUCAGGAUCAAUUGACACAGAUUUUAAAAAUCAGGAUGGUCAUAUUUUCGUAAGAUUAGGAAAAAAUGUAUAAAUUGUGAUGGAACUUUGGAGAAACUAUCCUGUCCAAAUGGGGUAAAAAUAAUCACAAUCAGAUUCAUACUUUGAUGGGAUGUCUGACUCUCUGUUUCCAGGGUGAUCAGUUAUUUGUCUCCUAUCAAAAUGCUCAUUUCCACGGAUCUGUUUAAUUCUCAGACAGUAAAUUACUAAAUUAAUGUCUCAUAAGGGUGUCGUGUUACCAUCCUCACAGUAUAUCUGGCUGCUGGUUUUUGCAUCACAAGAAGGCCUCACUCGGGUGAAGAACAGCACUUAAUGGUUGAUCAUUUCUGUGCGUUAUUAUCAAACACGUGCGCGCUCUUUCUUUUACAGGUGUAUGCUCCUGGAAAGGACGGCCACGUGCUCCUCAACGAGCCACCAUCAUUUGGAUCCAAACAAUCGAGCAGCCCUCAUAGAUCCAACGGUAAUUAUUACACCAAUUCAUGUUUUUUCAUGGAAAUUUUUUCGCCUUUUUUUUUCUCUGACAAUCUGUGUCCCCUCUUUUUUUUUUUUUUUUUUUGCUCAGGUGUUCAUCACGUGUCUGACUCACACAACCACCGAAACACAGCAUCUUUCCAGGAGCAGAAAGACAGACAAGGUUUUUAAUCAUUCAGUUUAUUAUUAAUUCAAUUAUCCCUAAUAUUUUAAUCAUUUGUUUAAAUUUAGAUCAGCAUCCUGGAGUGAUAAUUAUAAUAUUUGCAACACGAUUGCUCUUUUAAAAAAUGACAAGUUUUGAUGUUUUUGUGCAGCCGAUGGAGCUUUACGCAUCGACAUCAGCGUGCACGAGAGAGACCUGGAGAACAUGGCCAAAGGUGAGAGACUGUUUUCAGAAUCAAAAGAGAGAGAAAAUGAAGCAGGUGACUUAAUAUCAUAUUAAAAUAAUCCUGUCUAUGUUACACGUUCAGUUCCCAUCUUCCAAUCCAAGAACGCAGCAGCUGAGCUGGUCUGGUCAUCACAUUUAAUUAACACUAAUACUUAUUUUUAAUGUGGGAAAUUGAAUUUAAUUACCUGAGCUAAUUAUUUGCUAAUGAGAUUUAAUUUUAGUAUUUUAUAAAAACCAAUCCCAGCUCUGCAGUUUAAUCAGUGAAACAAGAAUGUGUGUUAUGUUAAUGUCAAACAUUGGAUUCGGCUCAUUUUUACGCGCAGAUAAACGCCUGUGGCCUGCUAACGAUGACGUGCCAAAACCGUAAUGUGAAUUUACAUUUUAGUGGGCCUAAAGUGUUUCCAUAGUUGUUAAACCACUUAAUCACGAGAUGUGGGAGUUUUGACUUAUUAUUGUAGGAGGAAAUCGUUUAGAGGCUAUUAAUAUUUUAACGAACAGAGCCAUAACCCCGAGGCACGGCAGCUAAUUAUUUUACAACGCUUGGAAAAACCCCGGGACUCCAUUAUUAUCGUCUCAGGCUCCAGGCAGUGCGCGGCAAUUACUGUGGCAGCGAGCACAGCAAAGCACACACAGGACUUGCUGCCGAGGACGUGAACGCACCUUUAUUGGGCUCACAUAAAUCUUUAUGUGCACAGAUUCAGAAUAUAUCUUGUAAAGUGGGAUAUAAAUGAUAUGAGGGAGAUUUUUUUCGAUGAUUUGUGAGGAUAUUUGUGUUGAUUUUGUGAGUUAUUUGCUUGAUGGUGCAGGAUCAUGUCUUUACGCACAGCCUUAGAUGCACUGUGGUUUUAGUACGAGGGAUGUGCAAGUGUACAGACAUUUGGUUUCAUAUGAUUAAUAAUACACCUGACUUAUUUUGUCUUUUUGCAGAGGAGUUGCAGAAGCAGCUCGUGGAGCAGGUGGAGCUGAGGAAAAAGUUGGAGAGAGAAUUUCAGCAUUUGAAAGGUAGGACAAAAAGUGAGUCUGAUUGCAGGCACUAUAUUGUGGGAUAUUUGGAUCUUUAUGAGUCAUUUUGUCCUUAAAGUCGUGGAGUGUUUCUUUCAAAUUUACUCCCUCAAUGUCAGAGAGUUUCCAUCUGAUGUGGCCUUCGGUACUCUUCAGAUAAUUUUCAGGAUCAAAUGAAGCGUGAGCUGUCCUACAGAGAGGAAAUGGUCCAGCAGCUGCAGAUUGUUCGAGGUUGGUCUUCCUCUCUCUUUAUUUUGUGCUUCAUACACUAUGAAUGUAAAGCAGAUGUAGAUCAAUGCUCUUUAAGUUUAUGUAGAAAAAAAACGGAGCCAUAAUAGAGCAUUAAAGCCACAUGAAUCAAACAGAAUCAGGACAAUACAAAAGAAAUGAAAAGUGACACUUGCAUAUUCAAAUAUCCAGGAUAUGUUUGCAGCCUUUUCCUGUAAACUCCUUUUUUUUUCCUCCUGCUGUUUGGUUAAUUAUUAGAUAUCAAACGAUGAAACUGAAACCAUGUUGAUUUGCUUGCAAAGGUUAUUUUUUUUAUCAAAUCAUGCUCUGGAAAAUAGAAAAGACAGACCAUUAUGUGGUGCUGUAUCAGUUACAUGCAGUAGACAGCAACUAAAGCCAGCCUUAAAGGAUUGGGUUCAUGUUACACUAGUUUAAAUACAGGGUUCAAGUACACACAGGGGUCACUCUAAAUACCAUAGGGGGCAAACGUCACACGUUACACUCCUUCAAUCCACUACACUACACAGCAACUUCAAUAUACUCUUUCAAAUUUUGACCAAUUUUUUCAUACUUUAUUCUUAUUAUUUUUGGAUAGACACUUUGUGCAGCGAGUUGGACCAAGAGAGAAAGGCUCGUUAUGCAAUACAGCAGAAGCUAAAAGGUAAUUUUAUCUGGUCCGAGAGAGGAACAUGAAUGCACAAACACAAAUAUGCAAGUGCUACUUUUUUUUAUUAAACACCUCCUGUGAUGGAUAUCCGCUGGACACCAUUAAAGGAAUGGUUCGCAUAUUUUGUCUGUCUUAAAACAAUCCUCACAUAAGCAUUUGUACAGUUCAAGUGCUGUUGGUCACUGUUAAUGUUCUUCUUGUUCCUUAUUGUUUUAUUUGAAAACCAUUUUCAUUGUAAAAAAAAAAAAAAAGUCUCAGUUCUGUGCAAAAAGGGAAAACUUUUAUUAAAAGCUAAAAGUAAGUCAAAUCAAGUAUUACUCUUUUGAAGUCAUGGUCCAUUUAGUGGAAAGUUAGUGAAAAUUACUCUUAAGGAUAAAGAUCUGUCUACUCUUACUUCAGACAGGCUGACAACUUUUUAGAGAAAAAAAUACUUGUCAAUAAAAUCAAGAUGCAACAUGGUGUAAUGGAAACAAACUAAGUAAAUUAAUCAUGACGUAAAUGAAGCAUGUGACUAAAACACACUGAGGAGACUAAAAAUAGACUCGGAGAUCAAAACAUGUGCGUGGUGUGAUGCAGACAGUCAUUUUCCUCAGAUUAACUCAUAAAACAAAUAUAAACAUCAUUUCUGCAUCCUGUUCACCGCAGUUUAGGAAGCAGCUUUUUAAUCAUCAUCCGGUUGCACCCACAUCUCCUGUAAACGUUCAGCUGCUUCACACCAGAGAAUAACGUCAUUGGACUUUUCAAUGAUUUCUCAAAGGUAGAAAACGGAUGUUUAUCUGAGCAAAUUUCCUUAGGUUUGGAUAAAUUUAUGGCUACAUUUGGAUGAUUUUGUUGUGUUUUUGUGAGGAGUGUUCAGCUGAGUAUGAAACAGGCUGGCAUUAUUACUGAUGCCUGAAUUUGAGCUAAAUAACAAACAGAACAAGGAGCAAUGAAACUGAUUUUUACUAUACAGUCAUUUUUUGGGGCUGCUGCUGCUGCACAGAUGUCAGAUAUACAGUACAGUGAGUGGUAUAUUUGACUACAUCUAAAAGAAAGCAGGAUUAAACCCCAAACAGAAAUCUAGACUCCAUGACUUUAAAAUGAGAAUGAAGAGAAGUGAUGGUUGACUGCGCUCGUAUUUUUGAGUCCUGCCGUUUGUCGUAUUCAGGCUUUCUGGAAAAAAAGGAAGUAACAACACAAAACAAUUUAGAUUUCACCAUCAGUACAAGUUUCACUUUGCUUCAUCUUGGAUGAAUCCCUGAUAGACUGAGUGAACAUGCCUACCUCCUAAAGAUUUUGCAGGUGUCAAGCAAUUAGAGCAUCACUAAAUGUUGGCCUGAAAAAUACUGCUCUGCUGCUGGCCUCUUAAGUAUUGUUGAGCAAGCACAUCUUACAGAGCAAAUGACCUAUUCCAUGCAGCUUUAAGAAGACUUAAGUGGGAACUAAGUGGGAAAAUGUGGAGGAUUUAAGCGAGUGAAAAAGAUUUUUUUAGGUGCAAUUUCACAAUUUUGAAUAAGGCAAAUUCUAUCUUUGUGUGCUGACCGUCCCAUUAUCUCAUGUCAUUUGUCCUUUUGUGUUCAGUCUUCUCUGUCUGCUUAAUUCAUGCCGUAUUUUUGCCUUUCUAAAAAGAAAUCAGGAUGAGAUUUUUUUUUUGUUUAAAUCACCACUUUAGCAUGUUCAAGGAAACAAAUCAGCAAAGACACAAAAGAUAGAAUUUUGUCCACAUGAGGUGCCAAAGUCAACACAAACAGAAAGUCCCUUACAGGAGCUUUAAAAAGCAUUCAAAGCUGUCCAGUGAGUGAGUGAAUUAAUUAAGUAAAACUCAAAUUAGUCUCAGUUGAAUUAAGUAAGGACUCUAGAUCACAAACAUCCAGAUCAUGUUUUAAGGCAGAUCUCGUUAUGGACUGGAGGAACUGCGGCACCAAAACCCUCCUCAGUGUUCAUAUCAACAUUUGUGUGUAGUUUAAAGACAGACAUGAAAAAAUGUGAACUCAUCCUUUAAAAUACUCGUACAAAAAGCAAAAGAAGCAAAGACCUUCAUAUUUUGAGAGAGUUUUUGGUGUUUGUGUUUGUGUGCACGUUCUCACUGAUGGACUUGUUCCCCCCAGAAGCUCACGACGCCCUUCACCACUUCUCCUGUAAGAUGCUCACACCUCGUCAGUGUACCGGAGCCUGCACCUUCAAACCCCCGCUGCUGCCCCCAUAAUACUCGGCACCGCCCUCAUCUGACCCCAGCACAGCCAAAAGAGAAAAAGUACACUCCUCACCCCACACUCUCACACACACAGUUCCUGUUUUUCUAUCCUGCUGUAUAGGGUCACGUCUGAUUUUAGCACUUGAGUGAACUGGCAGUGACUUGACCUGCUGCAAAAUAAAAAAACAACAACAAAACAAAAACUCUUGACUAAAAGAAAUCACUUAUUUAUUUAAAAAGUCAUUUUACGUUGUGAUUCAGAGGGUUGUUGUUCUGAGUCUCUCUAAAUCAAAGUCGUCUGCUCUUUAGCUUCUCUGAAAGAAAAAAAACUACACUAUAUACAUACAUAUAUAUAUCAUGUGACGAUGUGCAAUGGCUUGUAUUAUUGUGACAUUCAGUUGAAAAGCAUCUCAUUGUUUUUAGCUUUUGUUGCUUGUUAGAAAAUCUUGAGUUGGUACAUGUUUUUCUCAUUUAUCCGUCUUUGCUUUCAAUGAUGAUUUAGAUUGUUUGCAAAACUGUUCAUGACCUAAGCACUUUAAAUGGGCAACUUUUCUGAAUUUGAACAUGCCGUCCUAUACCAAAUUCUUUCAUUGAAAUAUAAGGAUCUUUAUGUUUAAUAAAGCACAUUAUUACAAGCACUUACAUCCACAGCUGUUCAGGUUUGAUGUCCUACACUGAAGGAUUUACUUUCAACUCGUCCUUAAAAAUGCUCUUGAGCAGUUUAUAGAUUUCAUGUACAGUUUAAACUGAAUAUUUUAUCACAAACUCAACCCUUUGGUUUUUCUGUUUAUUUAUUUAUUUUUUAACAUUUAGAUAAUCUGUGAGUUGUAACAGAUAAAACCAAAACUUUUCUUGUCAUCUGAUGAUCUUUUUAUUAAACAUGAAGCUCACACUGUCUGAAAUGAUUCACAAAUCAUGACGCUGCAUUUGGUUUGUAAGUAGAAAUCACAAAGAGCAGCUUUAAAAUAAAAAAAAAUUAAAUCCUGGUUUCUGACACAAUCCACCCUUAAGUUUCUCAUUUAUGUAUGUACCCAUGUCAAAUAUUAAUAAAACGUGAAAGCCUCUU